AUGAAGAUUUUUAAAGUAAAAGAAAAAUUUCUCUUUUCUGUAUUUAUAGAAAAAACAAGCAAUGGUACUAAUGAACAUGCUGAACAACAGGAUUGGAUAAAUCGUCAUGAUUUGAUUGACUCAAAUCAACAAAAAUUAGAACAGAAAAUCCAGACGCGUAUUAAUGAUGAUUGGCUUGAAGGUGAAUAUCAAGAUUCAAUAGGUAUAUUUCCUCUUAAUCAUGUUGAAUUAUUUCCAAUUGAAAUCAAUAAACAAGAUGAUUAUUUAUAUGAAUAUGAAAAUGAUUAUGAUAUUGAAGGUGAAGCUAUUGUGAAACAUGACUUUAUACCACAACAAACAUUUGAGUUACAAUUACGAAAGGGUGAUAAAGUUAUUCUAUUACGAAAAAUCGAUAAUUAUUGGUAUGAAGGACGUGCCAAUCAUAUUGAAGGCAUUUUUCCUGCAGCUUAUGUUGAAACAUUAAAAGAACCUGCAGGUAAGAAAAAAGAAAUUUUCAUUUUUGAUAAUGAUGAAUAG